AUGAGGGCCGGGGAUUCAAAGCGGGAGCGGGAGCGGGAGCGGGCUGAAGGGAUGGCGGCGCGGCGCCGGUUGGGGCGGCUCUUCAGCCCCCGGGCCUCGACCCCCGCCCCCGCCCCGCGGCCGACGGAGCAGCGUGCGGGCGCGGCGGCCGGGAACGGCGGCUGGGACACGCGGGGGGCCCCGGCCGCGCUGCCGUGGGGGCUGCGGCUGCGGGACUGCGUCGUCUUCCAGUGCCGCGGCUGCCGCGCCGUGCUGGGGGACGCGCUGCACCUCUGCGGGGAGGAGACCAAGCUCCUCCGGGUCCUCGUCUGCUCCCGGGUCACGCACGACGUCGUUCUGGAAGAAUCCUUACUGGUUGGGAUCGAGGGAGCGCUCACCGGCAGCACCUACCACCGCCUGUCCUGCCGCUCCUGCAAACUCGGGCUGGGCUUCCACCUGUACUCCUCGAGCGCCGCCCUGGCUUCCUGGAGGGGUUUGUUCUGCCUCGCCAAGGACAAAAUCGUGUGCUACCUCCUGGAGACCAAAUGCACGGUGGAAGCAUCCGAGAUGACCUUUCCUACCGUGGACAUCGGCGAGAACAUUGAAAAGCUGAGAGGACAGAUCGUGGCGAUGCACGGUCGCUUAGAGGCCCUGACGGAGAGGCUGGUGCGGUUGACCUCUUGAGGCGGCGGGGGCGGAGGCCCCCUCUCGGCACCGCUUCCGCAGAGGCGGAUCCGUUUCCGGGCCUCGGAAGUCGGCAUCCCGGUCGGAGAGAUCUCUGCUCGGGCACAGGCCCGUCGGCGGCCCUCGGGUCGGGGGAGAGCGGGGCCGGGAGGAAGCCGACGUGCUCCCGUCGGAUCCGGCCCGGGUUCCUGACUUUCACCGUCGGGGCCGGGGCCGGGGGGAUCCCCCCCCCGACCCCACCCUCCCGACCCCACCCUCCGCGACCGGCUGGCCGUCGUGCCGCCCGCCGGCCCUCAGUUGGGUCCUUCUGCCCAAGGUGGCCCGCUCAGGGCUCGGACCGGCCGAGAAGGACCCGGGUUUGGUGGGAGGCGGGGGGGAUGUGUUCGGACGCCCGGCCGGAGGCCGAGCCGUGGUGGACAGCGGCGGGGACUCCACGCCACGGCAUCCUCCGGCACCGAGGGGCACAGGUUUGCGCUCCACGCUCUGUUUCCGAUAAUAAAGUUUAAUUAUUCUCCA